AUGCCAGGCCCUCAGGGCCCACCUGGCGCACCGGGCAUUCGCGGAUUUCCCGGGCCUGAGGGAUUGCCGGGACCGAAAGGUCAAAAAGGAUCACAAGGGCCACCAGGACCACAAGGCAUCAAAGGAGAUCGGGGCAUCAUUGGUGUUCCCGGUUUCCCUGGUAAUGAUGGAGCGAAUGGACGACCUGGUGAACCAGGUCCACCAGGUGCUCCGGGAUGGGAUGGAUGUAAUGGAACAGAUGGCGCACCAGGUAUCCCUGGUAUACCCGGACCAACUGGAAUGCCUGGCUUUCCCGGUCCUCCAGGAUUACCAGGAUUGAAAGGAGAGCCAGCUAUCGGAUAUGCGGGAGCUCCAGGAGAAAAGGGUGAUUCUGGAAUGCCUGGUAUGCCUGGUUUACCUGGUCCACCCGGAAGAGAUGGUUUCCCAGGAGAGAAAGGUGAUCGAGGAGAUGUUGGACAAGCGGGCCCUCGAGGACCUCCAGGUGAAGCCGGUCCACCCGGAAAUCCUGGUAUCGGUAGCAUCGGACCUAAAGGAGACCCCGGAGAUCUUGGUCCGUCUGGACCACCGGGUCCUCCUGGCCCUCGGGAAUUCACUGGUUCUGGCUCUAUCGUAGGCCCUCGUGGUCCAUCAGGCGACAAGGGAAUAAAGGGUGAUCAAGGACCACGUGGUCCGCAAGGUCCACCAGGACCUGUGCCUUCAACUGGCGCUAAAGGCACUAUCAUCGGUCCAGAGGGUCCUCCUGGAAUGAAGGGAGAAAAGGGUGAUCCAGGAGAGGCUGGUGUAAGAGGUUUUGCGGGAACGCCGGGACAGGCUGGACAACCAGGACUUCCAGGAAUCAAAGGCGAAAAAGGCCUUUCUGGACCAGCUGGACCUCGAGGCAAAGAAGGAAGACCUGGCUUACCAGGUCCACCAGGAUUUAAAGGUGACCGUGGUAUAGAUGGAAUGCCCGGUAUUCCUGGAUUACCUGGCCAAAAAGGUGAAGCUGGUUUUCCGGGAAGAGAUGGAUCCAAAGGAGCAAGGGGACCACCUGGCCCUCCGGGAGGCGGAGAUUUCUCUGAUGGACCACCAGGACCACCAGGUCUUCCUGGACGUGAGGGACAACCUGGUCCACCAGGCACAGAUGGAUAUCCUGGCCCACCUGGACCGCAGGGUCCAGAAGGUUUACCGGGAGGUCCAGGUCUUCCAGGACUUCCUGGUCUCGAAGGAUUACCAGGUCCAAAGGGAGAAAAAGGUGACUCUGGAAUACCUGGUGCUCCUGGCGUUCAAGGUCCUCCUGGAUUAAUUGGACCACCUGGUGCAAAAGGUGAAUCAGGACCAAGAGGAGUGGACGGAAAAAGUAUUCCGGGUCUACCAGGAAAGGACGGAAGGCCUGGAUUAGAUGGUCUUCCAGGAAGAAAAGGAGAAAUGGGAUUGCCGGGCGUUCGAGGUCCACCUGGUGAUUCUCUGAACGGACUUCCUGGAGCACCAGGCCCACGUGGACCUCAAGGUCCCAAGGGUUAUGAUGGACGCGACGGUGCCCCUGGAUUCCCUGGUAUUCCUGGACCGAAGGGUGAUCGUGGAGGAGCCUGCUCAGUUUGUGCACCUGGAAUGAAAGGAGAAAAGGGUGACGCAGGUUAUGCCGGUUUGCCAGGUCCACAAGGUGAGCGCGGAUUACCGGGUAUUCCGGGAGCUACUGGAGCAGCAGGAGAUGAUGGCUUACCUGGAGCACCAGGACGUCCCGGACCUCCUGGGCCGCCUGGACAAGAUGGCUUACCUGGUCUUCCUGGUCAGAAAGGAGAACCGACACAGCUUACCCUUCGACCAGGUCCCCCGGGCUAUCCGGGACAGAAAGGUGAAACUGGUUUCCCUGGACCAAGUGGACAAAGUGGUCAGCCUGGAAAACCUGGAAUCGCUGGUCAACCUGGCUUCCCUGGAUUGCCAGGACCUAAGGGAGAACCUGGGUUGACUGGAAUGCCUGGAAAAGCGGGUAAAGAUGGAAUUCCAGGAUUACCUGGUCUAAAAGGAGAACCUGGUUAUGGACAACCAGGAAUGCCAGGUUUACCUGGCAUAAAGGGAGAUGCUGGUUUACCAGGAUUACCUGGUUUGCCUGGUCCCGUGGGACCAAUGGGACCCCCUGUUCCAGAAAAUCAACUGAAACCUGGACCUCCCGGCAAAGAUGGACUACCAGGUCUACCAGGACAAAAAGGAGAGGCCGGGUUCCCUGGAGCACCCGGUUUACAGGGUUCUGCUGGAUUACCUGGUUUACCUGGAAUGAAAGGAGAUGCUGGAUUACCUGGAGCACCAGGUCUUGCUGGUCUCCCUGGUAUACCUGGAAGUAAAGGAGCGGCUGGAAAACCUGGACUUCCUGGACUCACUGGUAUGAAGGGAGACCGGGGUUAUCCUGGUCAACCCGGUUUACCUGGGCAGAAAGGUGAACCUGGUCCAUCAAAUACUGGACCGCCUGGACCUCCAGGAUUCCCGGGACUUAAAGGCAAAGACGGAAUUCCAGGCGCUCCCGGACUUCCUGGUCUUGAGGGACAACGUGGUUUGCCAGGUCUUUCAGGACAGAAAGGAGAAACUGGUCUUCCUGGUCUUGCAGGAGCGCCUGGUUUCCCAGGCGCUAAAGGCGAGCCUGGCUUCCCUGGCCUAACAGGCAAAGAGGGACCGCAAGGACCAGCAGGACAGCCUGGACUACCAGGAUUCCCUGGGCAGAAAGGUGAUGAAGGACUUCCUGGCCUACCAGGAGUUUCAGGGAUGAAAGGUGACGCGGGUCUUCCAGGCCUUCCUGGAGUUAUUGGACCAAGCGGACCACCAGGAUUCCCCGGACAAAAAGGACAGCCAGGUGAAGCAGGGUUAUCUGGAUUACCAGGAGCGCCAGGCAGUAAGGGUGAGCAAGGACUGGCAGGUCUCCCGGGUAUACCAGGAAUUAAGGGGGCACCAGGCAUCCCUGGAGCGCCCGGAAAAGAUGGUCUUCCCGGCCUACCUGGCAUGAAAGGAGAUAGAGGAUUCAACGGAUUGCCAGGAGAGAAAGGAGAACCAGGACCAGCAGCACGUGAUGGAGAAAAGGGUGAACCUGGAAUGCCAGGUCAACCAGGCCUGCGUGGGCCCCAAGGACAACCUGGGCUACCUGGCCUACCCGGUAUGAAAGGAGAUCAAGGACAACCCGGAUAUGGAGCACCAGGACAAAGGGGUGAAAAAGGUCUCGCAGGUUUGCCUGGAAAACCAGGGCGACCAGGUCCGCAGGGUCCAAAGGGACUGGAUGGUGCACCAGGCUUCCCCGGCAUCAAAGGAGAACCGGGAUUACCGGGACUACCAGGAUUGCCAGGGCAGGAUGGAAUACCUGGUUUGCCUGGUCAGAAGGGAGACAGUGGAUUCCCUGGUCAGCCUGGACUCGUAGGAGCGCCCGGCUUGGCUGGAAAGAUGGGUCCUCCUGGUAUGCGAGGAGACAAAGGUGAUGCAGGACCUGCUGGAAUCCCCGGUGAACGCGGUCUUGAUGGCUUACCUGGUCAGAAAGGAGAACAGGGCUUCGCAGGAGCUCCUGGUCUUCCAGGAGCGCCAGGUCAGAAAGGUAUGGCAGGUUCUCCCGGCUUCCCCGGUAUAAAAGGAGAACGUGGUGUACCUGGACUGGAUGGACAACCAGGUUUACGAGGAAUGAAAGGAGAGGCUGGAUUACCUGGCGCGCCUGGAAGAGAUGGUUUACCUGGAUUGCCAGGAAUUAAAGGAGAGGCUGGAAUACCAGGACUUCCUGGACAACCAGGAAAAUCGAUCACCGGUCCGAAAGGAAAUGCUGGUCUACCUGGAUUACCAGGAAAAGAUGGACUUCCUGGUUUACCGGGUCUUAAGGGAGAACCUGGUCAACCAGGGUUCCCGGGAACGGCAGGAAGGAAAGGAGAUCUCGGAUUACCAGGAAUACCUGGUGCCAAAGGCGAACCGGGCUUGUCUGGAAUACCUGGCAAAAGAGGAAAUGAUGGUAUACCAGGUAAGCAAGGAGCUGCUGGGCUACCAGGUAUACCUGGAAUGAAAGGAGAAAGCGGUUUACCCGGACCACAAGGACUUGCUGGCUUGCCUGGCAUGCCUGGUAUGAAAGGAGAACCAGGAUUACCUGGGUUCCCGGGGCAGAAGGGAGAAGCCGGAUUUCCUGGACAACCCGGAGUACCUGGUCUCGCAGGAAUGAAAGGUGAUGCCGGCUACCCUGGAGCACCUGGAAGAGAAGGACCACCAGGUAAACAAGGAGAACCGGGACCAGUAGGACCUCCUGGAGCUGAACCACUGACUCAGAGAGGUGAAAAGGGUAAUAUAGGACCGAUGGGUAUGCCUGGUAUGAAGGGAGAGAAAGGCCUGCCAGGGCUCGAUGGACUUCCAGGAACAAGCGGACCACCUGGAUUCCCUGGCAUUAAAGGCGCGGAUGGAUUCCCUGGACAACCUGGUAUGCCAGGAGAGAAAGGUGCUUCUGGACUUCCUGGAUUCCCAGGUGUUGAAGGCAUUCCUGGACCACCGGGUCUCCCAGGACCUCUCGGACCACCGGGACCACCAGGACCAUCUUAUCAGGAUGGCUUCUUACUGGUCAAGCACAGUCAAACAUCAGAAGUGCCGCAGUGUCCUCAGAAUAUGAUCAGACUUUGGGACGGCUAUUCACUCUUAUAUAUUGAAGGAAAUGAAAAAUCGCACAAUCAAGAUUUAGGACACGCUGGUUCAUGUCUAUCCCGAUUUUCAACCAUGCCAUUCCUCUUCUGUGAUGUGAACAACGUAUGUAAUUACGCAUCACGUAAUGACAAAUCAUACUGGCUAUCCACAACUGCACCGAUUCCAAUGAUGCCUGUGCAACAGGCUGGCAUUGAACCGUAUAUCUCAAGGUGCGCAGUUUGCGAAGCACCCGCAAACGUCAUCGCGGUACACUCGCAGACGAUACAAAUUCCAAAUUGUCCAAGUGGAUGGAAUUCUCUCUGGAUUGGUUAUUCGUUCGCAAUGCAUACUGGCGCUGGUGCAGAGGGUGGUGGUCAAUCGCUGAGUUCGCCCGGCUCAUGCUUAGAAGAUUUCCGUGCAACACCAUUCAUCGAGUGCAAUGGUGCCCGAGGAAGCUGUCAUUACUUCGCAAACAAAUUUAGCUUUUGGUUGACAACAAUCGAAGAUGAUCAGCAAUUCCGAAUUCCGGAAAGCGAGACACUGAAAGCCGGUAGCCUAAGAACACGGGUUUCACGUUGCCAGGUCUGCAUCAGGUCUCCAGAUGUGAAUCCGUAUUAA